GAUGACACUGAUCAGAGUGGUUUCUUCAGUGCUGCUGCUGGUACUGAUGCAGUCCGGAGCUCUUUGCGCACGGAGGUUUCGGGGUGGCCGCAACCCACAACCGCGACGCUCACCGCCUCCUCCCACAUACCGGGCAGACCGGGGUGAUACCACCGAGAGCUUCCCUCUGGAUUUCACCGCGGUGGAGGAGAACAUGGAUAACUUCAUGACACAAGUGAAGAACCUUGCGCAGUCCCUUUACCCCUGUUCGGCGCAAAAGCUUGACUACGACAUGAGGCUGAACUUUUUGGAGAACACAUCAGUCACCUGCAACGACGGCACUCCUGCGGGGUACUACCUAAAAGAAUCUCGAGGCAGCAGGCGGUGGUUGAUAUUUUUAGAAGGUGGCUGGUACUGCUUCAACAAGGAAAACUGUGACAGCCGAUAUGAGACAAUGAGAAGGUUAAUGAGCUCCUCCAAGUGGCCCCAGACUAAAACAGGCACAGGGAUCCUGUCUCCACUCCCUGAGGAAAACCCUCACUGGUGGAACGCCAACAUGGUGUUUGUGCCCUACUGCUCCAGUGAUGUUUGGAGCGGUGUUACAGCCAAAACAGAUCAAAGUGGUUAUGCCUUCAUGGGCUCACUCAUUAUUCAGGAGGUUGUGAAGGACCUGCUGAAAAAAGGUCUGGAAAAUGCCAAAGUCCUCCUCUUAGCAGGAAGCAGUGCGGGAGGUACUGGCGUUCUUCUGAAUGUUGACCGUGUGGCAGAGAUGCUGGAGGGACUGGGCCACACUGCAAUACAAGUGCGAGGCCUUUCUGAUUCUGGCUGGUUCCUGGACAAUAAGCAGUACCACUGCACUGACUGUGUGGACACUGCCAGCUGUGCCCCCACUGAGACCAUCAAGAGAGGCAUCAAGUACUGGGGAGGGAUGGUACCAGAACGGUGCAAACAAGCCCAUGAAGGAGAAGAGUGGAACUGCUUUUUUGGAUACAGAGUCUUCCCGUCUAUAAAAAGCCCUGUCUUUGUGGUCCAGUGGCUGUUUGAUGAGGCUCAGUUGACAGUAGACAACAUUCAGCUGACAGGUCAGCCUGUGCAGGAGGGCCAGUGGCGCUACAUCCAAAACCUGGGCACUGAGCUGAGGAACACACUCAAAGAUGUCCCGGCUAUGUUUGCUCCAGCAUGUUUAUCGCAUGAAGUUAUCACCAGAAACUAUUGGAUUGAUGUGCAGGUUAAAGGCACCUCCUUGCCCAGAGCGCUGCACUGCUGGGACCGCAGCCUCCACGACAACAGGAACAACAAGGCUCCGCCUAAAGGCUGUCCUGUGCAUCUGAUUGACAGCUGCCCGUGGCCACACUGCAACCCCACCUGCCCCACCAUCCGAGAUCAGUUCACAGGGCAGGAGAUGAAUGUCAUUCAGUUCCUCAUGCACAUGGGCUUUGAUGUGCAGAAGAUGGCCCAGCAGCAGGGAAUGGACCCCAGCAAGCUACUGGGCAUGCUCAGCAGUGGCAGCUAAAAGGACACAAACACACAGGCAUUAUCUCAACGUUAAACUAAGCAGAGUUGGCUGGCUGGUCUCUCUGGCCAGUCUCCCAAGCCUGAUACCUCCAACUACCCCUCCAUCUUCACAACCCAUUCUACCUAUAAUGAAUUUCCUCUGACCUCUGUUUACUUUACUCCAAACCUCAGUCAGUGCAGGGACUUUGACCUUGUCCCACAAUCCCUUUUCUCCCAUCUGGUGACAAGUACUGUGGCAACAUACCACAAUGACAAGGCACAACUCU